CACAGUAGCCCCAGCCCCGGGUUCCUGAGACCGCGGCGAGCAGGAUGCAGAGGAGCCGGAGACACAUGGUGCAGGGCUGACGGGUCUCGGCGGCCGCCUCCCAGUGCGCGGCUCUGGCUAGGGCUCCAGUUCCAGGCACCUGUGCUAGGCACCCUCAUAACCCUGUGAAUUCGGCAUUUUUACCUUUCUCCACUCUGCAGAUGAAAAACUCGAGGCUCAAAGAGGUCUCCUGGGGCCCCUACUCUGGGGAGGAUGAGGAGGCAUACUCAGCAGAGCCGAUGCCAGAGCUCUGCCACAAGGCAGAUGUCCAGGCCUUCAGUAGGACCUUCCAACCUAGUGUCUCCCUGGUGGUGGCUGCACUGGGCCUGGCUGGCAAUGGCCUGGUCCUGGCCACCCACCUGGCAGCCCGACGUGCCGUCCGUUCGCCUACUUCUGCCCACCUGCUCCAGCUGGCCCUGGCCGACCUUCUGCUGGCCCUAACCCUACCCUUUGUCGCAGCCGGGGCUCUGCAGGGCUGGAGUCUCGGAAGUGCCACCUGCCGCGCCAUCUCGGGCCUCUACUCGGCCUCCUUCCACGCCGGCUUCCUCUUCCUGGCCUGUAUUAGCGCCGAUCGCUACGUGGCCAUCACGCAGGCCCUCCCCGCUGGACCGAGGCCCUCUGCGCCGGGCCGCGCACACGUGGUCUCAGCCAUCGUGUGGCUACUGUCGCUGCUUCUGGCGCUGCCUGCUCUCCUUUUCAGCCAGGACGGGCAGCGGGAAGGCCAGCGACGCUGCCGUCUCAUCUUCCCCGAGGGCCUCACGCAGACGGUGAAGGGGGCCAGCGCGGUGGCGCAGGUGGUCCUGGGCUUCGCGCUGCCGCUGGGCGUCAUGGCCGCCUGCUACGCGCUCCUGGGCCGCACGCUGCUGGCCGCCAGGGGGCCUGAGCGCCGGCGCGCGCUGCGAGUCGUGGUGGCCCUGGUGGCGGCCUUCGUGGUGCUGCAGCUGCCCUACAGUCUCGCCCUACUCCUGGAUACUGCGGACCUCCUGGCUGCCCGCGAGCGGAGCUGCCCGGCCAGCAAGCGCAAGGAUCUGGCACUGCUGGUCACCGGAGGGCUGGCCCUGGCCCGCUGCGGCCUCAACCCCGUGCUCUACGCCUUUUUGGGCCUGCGCUUCCGCCAGGACCUGCGGAGGCUGCUGCGCGGUGGGAGCUGCAGCCCAGGGCCUCACCCCCGCGGCCGCUGCCCCCGCAGGCCCCGCCUCUCUUCCUGUUCAGCCCCCACGGAGACCCACAGCGUCUCCUCCUGGGACUACUAGGGCUGCGAACCCGAGGGCAGAGGGCGCGGGCUGAGGAAGUGAUGCCAGGGAGGGUAGUGGGAAAGGGGAGUAGGUGGGGGAACACCGAGGAGGUAGGGACCUAAAGGAAUUGCUUCUGUACUUUGCCACACUAAAUUGAUAACAUGGAAAUGAGAUGCAACCCAACAACUGUUACUAUUUUUGAGUCACGCACUUGGAAGUGAUUUGCAGCAGGGCAGUACCAGUGGGUUCCCCCUCCCCCUCCGGUGGAAAGUGCUGAGAGUCCGGGUGGGGGUGCAGAGCUGCUGAGCCUGCUGAAGCUCUAGGCACUGUCACCCCCUCCACCUUCACCCGGUCUCUGCGAACAAGAGGUGAGGUGGGAAAGCUGCCAAGCAAGGAGCGCUGGAGUUCCUCUUGAAGUAGCAGAAGCAAGAGCUUUCUAACAACUACAGUGCUAUCCAGUAAUGGCUGCCUUAGCAGGCACUGAGUUCCUGGCCUCCGGAAUGUUCAGGCCAAGGCUGUUGGGGACUGUGUGUGCCCUUGCAUGGUGGAGUGGUAGAGAGGGACAGUGGACAGGCGAUUCCCUUUUUGGGUGGGCUCUUGGAUUAGAUUACCACUUUAUGGGCCCUUCUAAGGUGGCAGAAAGAAAAGAAAAAGAAAAGGGUAAUUUAAAAAGUUGAGUCUGAGUUUUUCACCACGGAGAAAAACCAAGGAGAAAAUUCCAAUUUGAAAAUUUCCAGAGUCGUUAUCAGGGGUGUGGUGGGGCUGGGGGUGACUGCCGUUCUCCAUCUUCCCUGGGGACAGAGUCAGAGGAAAUGCACGGAGCCUGCCGCAAAGAAAGAGGUUAGACAUCGGAAAGAACUUUCUUGCAGGCAAGGGCCUGGGAUCCAGUCAGGGAAGAGAGUAUGUGGUUUGAAUGUCACCAUCUCUAGGAGCUCUCAGUGCUGGCCACUGUCAUCUGGGGCGGGGGCAAGGCCGGAAUGGCCUCUAGAGAUGGUCGCAUGGACUCCUGGUCUUUGUUUUACACAAGCACGGGAGGCAGGAUGGUGUUCACGUGCGACAACUCCCGCAGUUUAAUAUCCGGUCAGCAAAGCUGCCCCGACCACUCCA